GAGCGAGGUGUCAUCAUGACUUGCUUUGUGGGAGCUUGGGGGAAGCUAUCCUUCAUCUCUUUCGCCCCCCUGUCCUUUUGUCCUGCUCUUCCUUGACUACCGCGAGCUAGUCCCGUCCUGCAGGUUACAUACAGCAGCUUACUUUACAUACGGCCAUACGUACGUACCAUACGGGGUGUGUAUGGUAUUCGAUACGGGUGCAUACCGCACAUCAAAUCAACUCUUGGGGGGAGCUCGAGCGAGAAAGAGAAAGAGAGAUGAGGUAAUUAUCCUCAGCGGGAGAGCGAUACGAGGCAUUGUUACAUACAGAGUGAAGGACAUCCCCUGUAUGGUACCGCCAUCGCUUGAAGAUUACUUUACAGGACGAUUAUUGCUCUCGUCAUAUUCAUGGGGAUUACGCCCCAAGAUACGCCUGGGGCCUCCUCCAUCGUACUUCUGUCGGAAAUGGCGCCUGUUCUCCCCAGAGAGGGACCUAAGGGAUUUAAAAGAAAAGAAAAGAAAAAAAAAAAAGAGAAAAAGAAAAGACAGCUGCAAGGAGCGUCAAGGGUAGACAGACGAAGCGGAGGAAGCUCUCUGCUCUGAUUGACCGGCAUGGCCUUUCCCCCAAGGCAUACCAGACUCGCUAGCUGCUUCGAUUGAUGAUUUGCAUGCAUCGAUGACACCUGGGCAUGGACCACCCCGAGAAUAUUAAUAGGCCCCGUUACGAUGGCAACGGGAGAGGGAUAAACAGCGAGGGUGAAGUAAUAAUAAUAGCUCUCUCUGAGACGGUGGAUAGAGCACUAAUCCAUAUACUUAGCAAGGAACAUCUUAUGGCUGCGAUGAGGUCACCGUCUCACAAUAUGUACUGCUAGUUGCUGCAACUGUUACAGCAGCACAGCACUAGCAAAGCACCGAAUCGAGAGGCCGUCUCCGUACGCUCUUACAUACACGGGAUGCCAGCGAGGUGCUGCAGCAGAAGGAGAAGCUUGCAUAAUAAUGCGUGAAUAAAACGAUAAAACGACACAAGAGCGCAGGCAAGCUUUUCUAGAAGACGCGAAGAAGGGCGGGAAAAGCGAGACAAGAGACAAGCAAGAGGAAAGCGAGAGAGCGAGAGAGAAAAGCGACGCUUGGGGGUGGAUGAAAACUUUGAUUCAUCUUUGCGACCUUUGCGGCAUU